AUGGACGCCUUCCAUGGGUAUCAUCAAAUAUCCAUGCAUGAGGAGGACGCCGAGAAGACCGCCUUCACCACUCCCGAAGGGAUAUUCUGCUACUUGGUCAUGCCAUUCGGAUUGAAGAAUGCCGGGGCCACAUACACUCGCAUGGUGGCAAAGCUGUUUAAAACGGUGUUGGGACGAAACAUGGAAGCAUACGUGGACGACAUGAUCGUCAAAAGUCGCAAGGCCACCUCUCAUGUCGAGGAUCUCAGCGAGAACAAAGGGUUCGAGUGGACGCCAGACUGUCAAAAGGCCUUCGAGGAGUUGAAAAAAUACUUGUUGUCCCCGCCCCUGCUUGCAAAGCCAGAGGCAGGUGAAAGCUUAGUCUUGUACUUGGGCGUGUCACAGGGUGCGAUCAGCUCCAUACUGGUCAAAGAAGAUGGAGGGACUCAGCGUCCCAUCUACUACGUAAGUAAAGCCCUACAUGACACGGAACUCCGGUACAGUGUGCUGGAGAAAACAGUAUUUGCCAUAGUCACUUCAUCAAAAAGGUUGGCUCACUACUUCCAAGCUCACCCCAUCCACGUGCUCUCACAUCAACCGUUGGGGAGUUUCCUCCGGAACACUAACAGCUCCGCCAGGAUGGCACGGUGGGCCAUGCACCUCAAUGGUUCUUCCAACAACAAAGGUUGCGGUGGCGGCGUAGUGCUCGUCACUCCGGAGGGAUUCCGCGCCUACUAUGUCAUCCGAUUCCACUUCAAGUUAUCUAACAAUGAGGCGGAGUACGAGGCCCUCCUCAAUGGGUUGCGAUUGGCGGCAGGACUACGAGCUGAAAAGGUCCGAAUUCGAUGCGAUUCCAAGCUGGUAGUCAGCCAGGUGUCUGGGGAGUAUGAAGCCAACGAAGGAAGCAUGCAGAAAUACAGAGACGCGGUACUGAGAACCUUGCGCGAAUUCGAAGGAUAUGAAAUACACCAGGUACCAAGAGAGCAGAACGCCGACGCCGACAUGCUCUCAAAACUAAGUACCAGAGUCCCCAGCCACAUCAGGAAGAUCGCUCGGCUAGAAGACCUCGAGACUUCAAGUAUCGAUGUUCCAUGGGUCUUCCUUGUGCAGACUAGGGAGCCAUGUUGGAUUGACCAUAUCAAGCGAUACAAGGCAGAUGGCGCCUUACCGCAAGACGAGGCAGACGCAAAGGUAACAAAGUUACGGGCACCCAGCUACGUUGUCUCGGGCGAUAAGCUAUACAAACGCUCCUACAACGGCACGUUACUGAGGUGUCUAUACCCAGAUGAAGCCAAGUUGGUGAUGAAAGAAGUCCACUAG